UCAAUGAUAAAAUUCCACCCUCUAUGUAUACCUACCUAGGUCUUUCCAAAGCGCAUAUGAUUCUAACUAGUGUCCAUUAAGAUGGGCCUAUGUCCAGCAGUCCAUUGACUUCAAACUUCCAAUAGCAGUCGUUAGCAACCGUGUUUGAUCCAUGCUGUCUGGACAACGAUUCAGAAACAAUAUACUAAAUUGACUGACGUCGUAAUUUCAUACCAUUUAUUUUCAUUGUGUGUUAAGUGAAUCAUGGGGUUAACUAGUAACACUGGGCUUUUACCGGCUCCUCAGGCUUCUAGGUCACCUGUGAGAGAAAAGGUGUCCCUAGACCUGCGCUGCGAGGUGACCCCAGCCCCCUUCACCCUCCGCCCGUAUGCUGGUCUCUACAACCCAUUCUCCCACGCAUGCUCCGUGCUCUGCAACCAUCCAGCUGACACUGACGCCAAGGAGUUUGUCAAGAAGGUUAAGGAUACUUGGGGUCACGACGUCAAAGCUCAUCACUUCAACGAGGAUCUGUCGAAGUUCCACGACCUCUAUGGCGGAGACAAGGAUAAGAUCAGGACCCCACAUGACCUCGUCACUGAAGAUAUGUUUCGGAGAUACGCGGAGACAGACUCCCGGCCGCUGACGCCGGCGCCGACCCUGGCCAGCGGCAAGUCGCGCGGCUCCCGGCGCUGCCUGACCCCUGACCAGACGCUGCAGCGCACCACCAUCGUCGUGGACCUGCGGAGGAGCCACAGCCAGGAAACCCUCUACUACCACGGCUACGCGACCUCCGACCUGACGGCGGGCCACACUAGCACCACCAUAGAGAGGUCUACGCUGCCCUCCCUGAACCUCUCGGAGGGGGGCAAAGAUAGGCUGGGCAAGGCGCAGUGCGAGCAACUGCCCCCGUUGGCCUCCCCGCUGGUGCUGUCCAAGAGGAACUUGCCGCCGAAGGAAGCCGCUGCUUUGAAGGCUGUUAGAAAGAAUCAGCUGAAAGCCCUGAAUUUGGGCAAGUCGAUGAAGGGCAAGAGCAAGGGUGACGGAUCAGGAACACAUCGAUCAAAAGGCGAUAAAGAUCUCAACGAUGGCGCUGAGAAUGACUUGACACAAAUGGAUGAUGAUGAAGGUGGUGGUGGUGAGAUGAAGAGGCGCGGCAAGCGGCGCCGCAAGGGGCGGCUGGGCGGCAGCGACCGGCUCACCUCCGCGGGGCUCACUGCGCAGGCUCAACAGGAUCCAGAGACUCAGGUGGCAGGCAUAGGCGACGACUCCCACAACCCCAGCUCGCGCGGCUCGCUCGCACCUUCCUCGGCCGCGUCCAGCGUGGUGCUGCCCGUCAUCAGCCGCGCGCCCGCCCGGCAGACCGACUCGUUCCUGGACGAAGAGUUGCUGAAGUACCUGCAUAGGGAGGUGGAUGAGGACGCUAUACAGACUGAGUUUGAUGCUAAGCGUCGUUACGUCCUCCAAGAAGCGCUCCGCACGCGGCCGGACCGCCCCCCUGGCCCGGAGCUCCAGUCACUAGUCAGGGAGCUGAAGGUGCCCGCGGUCAGCCUGGGCGACUGGCUGCACGUGCCCCGGGUGUUCUCUAGGAAGAACGCGCAGUUUGCGUUGCCGAUUGAUGCUAAUACGCUGGAAACUAUGUCACCGAUGCAAUACGCGGCCAAGUAUGUCACACUGAAGAAAUCCAAACAGUUGCUGUAUUUAACUGUGCUCAGGAAGUUUCGCCCUGAAGGAUAUUUGAUGCCAGUAGAGAACAUAGAAGAAGGCCUAAUCCUGAUGAUGGGCGGGAUCCUCUCCUCGGAUCAAGCUCGCCAGUUCAGCGCCACCAUGGAGUGGCAGCGGUAUGAGGAACCGGAGCACUUCUCUGAUGACAUCAAGCUGACCAUCCUGGACCAUGCGCGGCGGUUGAAUGAUGCUGGAGAUACGGCUGAGUCAGAGGUGAAAACAUUGAAGUAUCGAACAUGGUGCGGGCUGUGCGCAGUGUGCGAGCGGGUCUACGGCCGCUUCCCGCCACGGGAGAAAGAUCCACCAGAAGGGAUGGAACUGAGUGAUUUCUCAAUGUUGGAGACAAAAAUGACUCUACUGAAAGUUCACAGUGGGCUGGCUGAAGUUCUAAAUAUAAUAAGAACACGAUAACUUUUUAUCCGCAAGUUUCAGUUCAUUUGUCUUUUACAUCUCAAAUAUUCCCAACCUUAGUAAGUUAGUUAACGGUGUAAUCUUCUCAACACGGUGUCAAAAAUAGUUCUAAGGGUUUUAUAUUGUUCAUAUUAAACAAA